AUGGAGGUGUAUGAUCUCCUGGGGUUCACGGGAGCGAUAGGGUCAACCGACGUCACCCAUAUCCGGUGGGCGUUCUGCCCCUAUUCUUGGGCAAGGCAGUACACGGGGAAGGAAGGGCUCCCGAGUAUCGCGUACCAGGCGAUCGUAGAUCACACCGGACGAAUCCUUGCCGUUACGAAGGGCUUCGCCGGUGCCAUGAACGACAAGACCAUCAUCUGGUACGACACGGCAGUGGCGAAGAUCCGCCGUGACCCUGUCUACACGGAGAAGGUGUACACGCUCUCCGACAAGAACGGCCAACCUUUCGAGCGCAAAGGAAACUACAGUAUUGUGGAUAAUGGGUACAACAAGGCUACUCCGCCACCGACCUUUUGCUACUGAGGCACCCCCGAGAACCGACGCCCCGCACACACACCACCACAGGGAGAUCAAACACGACCAUCAACUUUGGUGUUGAAAUAUCAGCGGCGCUGUCCCCCUGGUGCUAUUUUCCUUUCUGCUCGGGUAAACAGCGUGGCAGACCCCACCUCUGGAGUGGGACGGUUAAUAUUACGGUAUCAUCACGGUUUGGUCAACCGCUGUUUUCCGGACAUAGUAGCAACACCCGUCCGACGUACGUCGCCCCGAAUCGUCCUUGCGAAUGGCUACUGUAGCUUGUAUUCUGAUGUUUGGUCAAAAUGCCGGAUCUUGUGGGUCCUUUCGCGUGCCGCCGCCGUUCUCCACGCACGCGUGUAAUGUCCGAUCAACAAUCGGAUUGAACGCGAAUGUUGCUGGUUCACCGGGUGGUCUCAUACUGCGUCUAUGUUUUCGUUUCCCCUCAAAAACCUGCUUUUGUACAAAUCUCUUCCUCCAAACCCAUUGGUGCUGCGAAUCGCUACUUGUAUCCCCUUUUUACAACGCUUCUCUUUCGUGAGGCUGGCGUAAUGCUAUUUACAAAAAUUCACUAGUCCACAUACAGAUAGCGCCCGCUUACCCGCAUAUUGUACAUGCUCACUGGCUGUCUCAGACCGAGCACUUGUUCCGUUUUUCAAAAAUCUUAUAUCGAGCAUGUAUCCGCCGAUGAAAAGCGGGUUCAUUCCUUUUGCAAUAUUCUUGCACCGAAGGCUCCAUGACCUACAUGAAUGUACUGUAGGUCCUAGAGGUGCAGCAGUAGAUCGAGGACUGAUAGCUACGACGCAGGUGCCUCGUGGAUCACUUUCUCGUUCGACGCUCUCGCAGAUGGUGUGGUGAUCAUGACAUGCGCAAGGUGGCGCUCCGCCCGACACCGAGCUCGAGCGGAUGUUGCAAAUGUUCAAGAACAGCAGGAUGCAUACAAUGACAUGUGAAGUUUUGUAAUGUCGCCGCACCACGGUCCCGAACGGCAACUUUCGUCGAGAACCCGCCGCAUUUUUCAGCGCCAUGCGCCCCCGCUGCAUCAGACGAUCACACGCCAUCACCCGCAGCAGCAGCAG